AUGUCUCUUCGAAUGCAAAUUGAGAAGAAAAAAGCCCAAGAUGAAAUGCGGCGAUUAAUGGCAGAGCGAAAGAAUAAAAGCAAAAAACCUAUUGGUAUAGAUAACCCGCUUGCAAAGUAUAACAGUUCUGGACAACUAACUUGCAUUCUAUGUUCAUCUAUUGUACGCUCUGAAAACGUAUGGCAAGUUCAUAUAAAUAGUAAACAGCACAGACAAAAUGUUGAACAAGCAAAAAAAUUGAAGGAAUUAACAAAUAAUUUUACAAAUGACAAAAUUAAGAUAAAAAGAUCUGGAAUACCACUAGAAGGUGGCCCAGAACAAAAAAAACCCAAGGGAAUUUUAAAAAAUUCAAAUGAUAAACUAUCAACACAAACACCUGUGACUAAAAAUAAUGCACCUAUAAUUUUUUCUCAUCAUGAUGAUAAGAUUGUUAGAAAAAUAUUAAUACCUACAUCCCAAGAAGGAGCAAUUGAAGAAGAAAAACAAGUUGAAAAUCAGCAACAGAAAUCUGAGAAUAACAAGCAAUUAAAUGAGCAGCCCAUCCCUGAAGGAUUUUUUGAUGACCCUAUUUUAGAUGCAAAGGCAAGUCAC